CAGAGCGAAGCCACAAUGCUUUCGCUGCCGGAUUAAAGACAGCCCACAGACCAGAACUUCCACUACACUACUUAAAAUUACAUAGGUGGCUUGUCAAGUUCAAUUGAUUAGUGUUGUAAGAAGAAAGAGAAGUUCCUUAUUACCGCUUGGAUUUGUCGGUCCAAAACAAAAUGCAAUUGCCAUUAAAGUCACAGAUGAACAAACUUCUACACUGAUUUUUAAAAGCAAGAAUAAGAGCAGCAAGUUUCUGGGUCUGCUUUAUCAACAGAUGCAUAAAGACUUCAUACAACCUCAUUCAAAAUGAAGGCUUUUAUCUGGACCCUAACUGUGCUAUUCUUCCUACUAAUGGGCAUUGGACACUGCAGAGGAGGACAGUACAAAAUAAAAAAAACAACCCAGAGGAGAUACCCUCGUGCCACAGACAGUAAAGAGGAAGCAAAGAAAUGUGCAUACACAUUCCUGGUACCUGAACAAAAAAUUACAGGGCCGAUUUGUGUCAAUACCAAAGGGCAAGAUGCAAGUACUAUUAAAGACAUGAUCACCAGGAUGGACCUUGAAAACCUGAAGGACGUGCUCUCCAGGCAGAAGCGGGAGAUAGACGUCCUGCAGUUGGUGGUGGAUGUAGAUGGGAACAUUGUCAAUGAGGUAAAGCUGCUGAGAAAAGAGAGCCGUAACAUGAACUCGCGUGUUACUCAACUCUAUAUGCAGCUACUCCAUGAGAUUAUCCGUAAGAGGGAUAAUUCACUUGAACUUUCCCAGCUGGAAAAUAAAAUCCUCAAUGUCACUACAGAGAUGUUGAAGAUGGCAACAAGGUACAGGGAACUAGAGGUAAAAUAUGCUUCCUUGACUGAUCUCGUCAAUAACCAGUCUGUGAUGAUCACUUCGUUGGAAGAACAGUGCUUGAAGAUAUUUUCCCGACAAGACCCCCAUAUGUCUCCUCCUCUUGUCCAAGUAGUGCCACAGCACAUUCCUCACAGUCAUCAGUACACCCCCGGACUGCUGGGAGGUAACGAGAUACAGAGGGAUCCAGGUUAUCCCAGAGAUUUAAUGCCACCACCUGAUCUAGGAACUUCUCCCACCAAAAGUCCCUUCAAAAUACCACCAGUAACUUUCAUAAAUGAAGGACCAUUCAAAGACUGUCAGCAUGCAAAAGAAGCUGGAUAUUCGGUCAGCGGGAUUUAUAUGAUCAAACCUGAAAACAGCAAUGGACCAAUACAGUUAUGGUGCGAGAACAGUUUGGAUCCCGGGGGUUGGACUGUUAUUCAGAAAAGAACAGAUGGCUCUGUCAACUUCUUCAGAAAUUGGGAAAAUUAUAAGAAAGGGUUUGGAAACAUUGAUGGAGAAUAUUGGCUUGGACUGGAAAAUAUCUAUAUGCUUAGCAAUCAAGAUAAUUAUAAGUUGUUGAUUGAAUUAGAAGACUGGAGUGACAAAAAAGUCUACGCAGAAUAUAGCAGCUUUCGCCUGGAACCUGAAAGUGAAUUCUUUAGACUGCGUCUGGGAACUUACCAGGGAAAUGCAGGGGAUUCCAUGAUGUGGCAUAAUGGUAAACAGUUCACCACACUGGACAGAGAUAAAGAUAUGUACGCAGGAAACUGUGCCCACUUUCAUAAAGGAGGAUGGUGGUACAACGCCUGUGCACAUUCUAACCUAAACGGAGUAUGGUACAGAGGAGGUCACUACAGAAGCAAGUACCAAGACGGAAUCUUUUGGGCUGAAUAUCGAGGAGGGUCGUACUCCUUGAGAGCAGUUCAGAUGAUGAUCAAGCCUAUUGACUGAAGAGAGACAGUUUCCAACCUAAAUGACACAGAACUCUGUAUUCUUCAGUUCCUAAAAAUGAAAAUGUUACAUGUAUAUUGUUUUGCACAAUUCACUGCUACAGAUACAGUUUUUAAAAUGAAUGUUACCGUAACUGUAAAAGGGGAUUUAUAAAGGGGAUUUAUGAACGUAGUUUCACCUCCCCUCAACAUACUGCAGAAGGUUAUUUGUACCUGUAAUCCCAGUUAUUUUAAAAACUAUACUGACUAAAUACAGGCAGCGUUUGUUUUAUAAAAUGUAAAUAUUUGCCACAAUGUAUAACAAAUCUUAGCUUUAUUUUAAAUCAAAACUGAAUACAUGUUUAAGAACAAUUUUAUUUAAAAACUUUAUGAGAUUGCUCUAACUUCCAACAGAAAAAUAAUUUUAAGAUUUCAAGCCAAGUAAUACAUUUUAUUUAUAAAAAUACAGACAGGAAAUUAGAGAAAACUCUAGUUUUGCCAAUAGAAAACACAUUUUGCAUUGAAUAAAAGUUAUUUCAAAUUGGAUUUGUGCCUUUCACAUGAAAUGACUAGAUCUGAAUUCU